AUGGCGGCUGCUGGGGUUUCUACUCGGGGUCUCAGAACCCCCAUAAAAGAGGACACAGACUCCGUGACCCAUGCAGAUAAUUUAGCAGUAUACUUGAAUUCAACAUCAACAAAGACAGAAACAAAUCAAGCGUCUUUUCAUAAAAAAGAGGGGCAAACAACACUGUCUAGGGGUAACUUCAAGCAUGCAGGCAUGAAUUCAAAAGAAACGAACAACGAAUCAAAUAGUCCUUUACAAAUCGGCCCAGGUACCGAUCUUAUAGACUUUGAAGACAUCUUCUGUGAAAAACCAAAAAUAGACCAAUCAAGAAUACAAGAACUAACGGACUUUCUUCAGGCCAGGUACAGGGACAAAUUCCGCUGCCUACCUUGUCAUUGCUACUACACAUUCUCAAGAAGUCUUGUAGCGUCCUGUAACUCUUCAAUUCAGGUGAUCAACGAAGUUCUAUCUAAUGAAACACAGCAGCUAACUAUCUUUAAUUCUUCAUUAGGAGUAUUCCAAGCAACAGAUUUUCUUCAGUAUCACAACCUUUACAGUUUAACAAUUACACAUAACAAAGACUUGCGCGCAGUAGCCAACAGUUCCGAGAAAAUUGAUAUGUUACCUGUUAAAAGUUUAAAUUUAAGCUACAACUCAAUUUUCCUCAUUAUGGAUAGAAGUUUUAUUAAGUUCCCGAAUUUAGUAAGUCUCAAUCUGCAAAACAACAACAUUAAAGUAAUAACCAAACUGACAUUUGCUGGCUUAACCACAUUAGAAUUCCUAAAUUUAGUGCACAAUCGUGUGUCUGUUUUCAAUAAUGGCUCGUUCGACCAGCUGAAGAACCUGAAAGUCUUGGAUCUCAGCAGAAAUAACGUUAAAACAUCGUUCAUGCCAGGGGUGUUUUCAAAUCUCGGUAACUUAAUUAAAUUAUACAUUAAUGGAGACCUGAUUAAUGCCAGUAGUUAUCCAAACGAAGAAAUAGGGACACUAACCAGUUUAACUUUUCUGUCUGUCGACGGUAUUUCAAAAGAUGUCAUUCUCGGCCCGGAAGUAAAAAAUCUAACUAAGUUGGUGACACUCCAUGUUGGAUUCUCGGAAACAAAACAAUGCCGCCUGGAACAAAUCACAGAAUCAUUCUUGGAAAAUGUCCCUUACUUACAAACGGUCCGAUUCUCCAAAUGUCCUCUGAAAAACGUAGACGUGAACGUUUACCGGAAGGUGAGAGGACUGAAAUCAUUGGAAUUUAUUUCUACAUACCCGUACGACGUUUUUAAAGCUCUGGAUGGACUUAGCGGACUGCAAAACUCUUCAUUGAGGUCUUUGAGAUUGAUCAAACUUAUCAAAGAUGGGUGUCCUUUUAUUUGCUUGUAUGAGCGUCAUGCUAGGUAUCUGAGCGGUGUAGAUCUAGAGAUAUUAGAUUUGUCAGACAAUAGAAUAGGGUUUAUGGACACAGCGUUUAUCCGAGCUUUGCCACAAACACUCAAGGCUCUUGAAUUACGUGGGAAUGAACUCAGUGAGCCCUCUCUACUCACAGAAAAAUUGUACUUCCUACAAAACCUGAUGGUUAUAGAUCUAGGAACUUACCCAGAUCGUGCAUUAAGCAAGGAGAUAUCCAAAUCCCGGGAUAGUGAGCAAGUAUCCAGACUGGAGCCUAAAAACGGGAUUUCACUGUUUAAGGUUGGAAAUGGGCCUGCACAGGAGCAGAUGGUUACUGGAGUAGCAGAGACUGAGGACGAGAAACAAAACAGGUAUAUAACAUACAAACCCAUGGAGCAUUGGAGUCUAAGAUCGCUGGCAGCGGAGAAUCAAGGGGAAACCCCUCAAUGCAGAGAACAGAAAGACAAUUCAAACGCUACCACUGUCUACAGUCAUACAAGCAAUGAAACUAACACUUCGCUUCGUCGUCUUCUGGCACCUAGGUUCUUGGAGAUAGACAUGGUUCAACUGUUUCAGAGCAUUACACGCAAUUAUCCAAACCUCGCGUGCAUAGACCUCUCAGACUGUGCUCUGUCGUCAUUGUCUCAAAAGAGCCGAGUUCCAUCAUCAAUCCAGACAGCAGUCUUCAAUGGUAACUAUUUCAGACACAUGCAUGAAAGUACAUUUUGCCCAAACAAUUCGCUCUCUUCUCUGUCUCUGAGCAACAAUCUACUGGGUGAGAUAAUUGCCAACACGGACGGACUGAUCUUUAAAAGACUGGAAACAUUAAAACAUCUUGAUCUAUCAAUGAAUAUGAUUUACAAACUACCUUUAAAUUUCCUCCGAGGCUUGCACAGCUUGAAAUAUUUAAUAAUAUAUGACAACAAACUGGAACUCCUCAACACAGACUUCACUAACACCCCAGAGCUGGAGUAUUUAGAUCUCAGAAAAAACUCUAUUACAUGGAUAAGCAAAAAAAGCCGCGAAGAGCUAGACACCAUCGGGACCAACCACCCACUCUAUAUUGAGCUGACUUUGAAUCCUCUACCUUGUACAUGUGAGGGGCUGGAGCUGCUUCGCUGGAUCUGGGCCUCAAAUAUUCACUUUGUCAGCGAGGAUCUUCUUAGCUGUGUUGGAGAUAAUAACAUUGCCGAAUACAUGGGAAACAUUGAUGAUCGUGUCAGAACGUUGCAGCGAAAAUGUGCCGGUAAAUAUAUGAUCAUAGUUCUCUGUGUGGCUUCGCUGACUGUCAUUUUUUUUUCUUGUUGUUUGAGGUACAUCCGGAACAUUGCCUUAUCGAGGCUUAUUGGGUUCAAACCCCGAGACACUGAAAGUUCAGAGUUCAAAUUUGACGCGUUCAUUGUCUACAGCGACAUGUCUCGCCGGUUUGUGUUUGGCGACUGUCUGCGAGAGCUGGAGGUGAAACGAGGACACAAACUGUGUGUGGAUGAUCGGGACUUCAUGCCGGGGACAUAUGAUGUGUCAGCCAUCGUUAGCGCCAUACAGAACAGCAGGAAGACAGUGCUGAUUCUCUCUCCAGACUUCUACAACGAAAGCUUUUCUGAAUACUGUGUCAAGAUGGCGUUGAUGGAGGAGAUCUACCAAAAGAGAUCAGUUCUCUAUUUGUGUGUCUACAGGCCGUUACCAGACGACGAAAUGUCUAAAAGUUACGAUCUGUUGAUGAUCAUGAACCGAAAUAACUACCUGGAAUUCCCACCGGAAACAGAAACUAGCGAUGAAGUCAGACAGCAUUUUUGGGAUCAACUGUCUGAGAAAAUUGGUCAUUCUAUUGCAAGUAAUCUACCAGAGUCUGUAGAGUGA